UCCCAACCUGGUAACACUGCAGCCGACGCCAACAAUUUGGAAAAACAUAUUAAAACUCUUGGAUUCUGUAAAAAAACCUAAGUGUUUGACUCCAAAAUGGUCGAGGUAGACGACGGGUCCGAGUUGCUGUUUUUCGACACCUUCUCGCACGAGGAAGUGACGGACAUUAACUUGGACUUGGUGCAGUUUCCCAAGCCGGUGUUUAUCACACAGGUGCGAAUCAUCCCGCUUGGCGCACGAGUGCAGGCGGAUUUUCCGGGCGGAGUUCGCCUGGGGGCCACUAAUCCCUCUCAAUUCGACCUCGAGUUCUUUGUCAACGACUUGGGAAUGCCGGCUGCGUCGGCAUUCGAGAAUCUUGGUCUACUUCGGUACAACCAGAACGACUGCAUCCACCUGGACUGUUCACAGGAAAAGAUCGUCACGGACGGAUUAGUGCUACGCGGCUGGUACAGCACCAUCACCCUUGCCAUCUAUGGAAUUUUUACCAACUCAGUGACAGAGCCCAUUGCCAGUCCAACGCUACCCUGUGAGCCUGUUGGCCCGGAAAUAAGCAACCUAAGUGGCGAGGUGCUCCUUCAGGAAGAAGCGCUUAAGGAUGAAUGGCAGGAACCGAUGCAGGCCGAAAUGCUGACCGCCCACAAGGGCAACGUCAGCGACUACGAUCCAGAAGACAUGGAGUACGGACCGCCACGGGACCAUUACCGUCAGCACUCUGAGGAGCAGGAGCAGCGCGAGAUGCGCCGCCUGCGGCGCUCCACGCACUCCACGGAUCACUCGCCACCACCGCCCAGGAGGUCGCACACGCACUCUGAGAGUAACGAAAGAGAGUACAUCAGAUGCUCCCGCGACAAAGGCUCUAGGGAUUGGUCACGUUCGCCGGAAUACUCUAGCCAUCGCUCGCGUCGCAAGCGCUCGGAGAGAUCUCGAUCCGAUGUGGACGAGCACAAGUGGCCCAGGACCCCACCUGCAUCGAUUGACUCGCCCACUCGACCGCGUUCUCCAGAUACGAUGGACUACGAAGAUGACGAUUCGCGGUCCCACUACAAGAUGCAAUCCUCGCACUACAGACACUCCUCGGAGUCGCUGCAUCGAGGUGAUCGUGAUCGGGACGACGAAGAUCGAUCCUGCACGCCGCAGGAGCAGUUCGAGCCCAUCCUCAGCGACGACGAGAUCAUCGGGGACGAUGAGGAGGACGAUGCAGUGGAUGCGGCUGCCAUAGCAGAAUAUGAGCGUGAAUUGGAGGCUGCGGCUGCUGCUGCACCUCCAGCCAUUGAUGCCUUCGAGCCCUGGCAAAAGCCUCUACUGGUCUACGAGGGAGAUAUGGCUGCCCAUUUUAGCAAGGAGCUGGAAACUCUGAAGUUGCUCUUCAAGAAGCUGGUCAUGCAAACCCGGUGCGAGAACGUGGCUGCCUUUAGCGAGGAGCAUGGCGCCAGUGUGGACGAAAGGGAGCAAUUUGUGUACUUAGGAGAGCAACUGAACAAUCAACUGGGCUACUUGGCCCAGCACUUUAAAAGAAGAAACUUUGUCCUGCAGCAGUUCUUUGGAAACGAUGAAGUUCAUCUGCGCCAGGCGGCAAAUGUGCUGCAGAUUGCUCUGAGCUUUCAGGCGGCUUGCAUGCAGCCCCAGCCCGCUUUCAAGAUCCGGCACAUAAAGCUGGGCGCUCGAAUGGCAGAGCUGCUGGGCAGCAGCGAGGAUCUCUUCCAGCAUUUGUUGAGAGAACACAAAUUCGAUAUGUUCGAGGCCGUUUUCCGGCUGUACCACGAACCUUACAUGGCGCUCUCCAUUAAGUUGCAGCUCCUGAAAGCCGUAUACGCUCUGCUGGACACCAGAAUGGGCAUCGAUCACUUUAUGGGCGCGCAGAACAAUGGCUACCAAAUGAUUGUGGAGGCAAUCAAGACUGCCAAGCUGACAAGGACAAAGUACGCACUUCAGGCGAUCAUUAAAAAGCUACAUUUGUGGGAAGGCCUGGAGAGUGUACACAUUUGGUGUAGACAACUCUUCGUGGACAGGAAUCUUAUACCCGGUGAUAGGGAGCAAAUGGAGGACACUGUGAUACUAUCCCGGCAAAUAGAGUUUGCUUUUGAGAUGCUGAUGGAAGCACUGUUCUCCAGCCAGUUGAGCUACAUGCAGCCGCGCCGCUUUCUCCCCGUCUCCAAGAAGUUUGAGGUGGUUACCGAUCCCACUGCGCAACGCGCCUUUGCGAAUGCCCUGCAAUCUUUUCUGAGCCAGAACGCUUUGGCAGAAUCUUUGCUGUUGAUGUUGGGAAACUGCAAGGAAUUGCCCGCCACCACCUAUCUCUGCAUGUUGGAUUUGAUGCACACCCUGCUCCGCUCCCACGUCGGCAUUGAUUACUUUGUGGACGAUGCCUUCCCAGUUACCCAAACGAUUGUUGCCAUUUUGCUGGGUUUGGAUGAAGUGCCUGGGAAUCCCGAGGAAGUGGAGGAGAAGCCGGAGAAGUCAGAGCCAGAGGAAAAACCUUUGGAAGUCACAAGCGCCAUAGUGGAAGCCGGUGGAGAGAAGCCAGUUGUGCCCGCAGCAGAUGGCGAGGUAAAGCCUGCUCCUGUCUCGACUCCUGCUCCUACCGCAGCUCCUGCUGCUCAAAUGCGACCCAGGCCGAUCCUUCGUCCAGUGCUGCCACGCCUUGCCAGAUUGGGCAUCGAAAUGUCGUACAAGGUGCAGACACGUUACCAUCUGGACGCUAUUGUCUACGCAGCCGCAGCUCCGGAGUACGAUGCCGUCAAGUUGGCCACUCAUAUGCAUGCCAUUUACUCGCAAACAUGCGACCCUGCUGGACGCCAACAUACCGUGGAGGUGCUGGGCUUGAAUAACAACCUAAAGAUCUUCAUGGAUCUGAUCAAGAAGGAGCAGCGACUGCAAACGCAGCGCCAACUAAGCUCUCCAGGUACUAAAUACAAGAGUCCGGUGCUUAGUUACGCAGUGGAUAUGGUGGAUGCUUGUGUCCGGUACUGCGAGCAACUGGACUACCUUAUCGAACAUGGAGGUGUGAUAUUGGAGCUGGCCAAAAACCACGAGACUUUCGAGCCAUCGGUUUCGGCGGUUCUGCAGGAGAUGUACGUCUACAUGAAACCCCUCGAAGCUAUAAAUGUAUUCGUCUAUGACGACAUUAUGCCGCUAGUGGAGGUGAUCGGUCGGUCUUUGGAUUACUUGACCACGUUCCCUGGUGAUUUGAUAAUGGCUCUCCGGAUUUUGCGCUACCUCUCCAUCAGCAAACCUGUGGCAGGUCAGAAGGAGACUCCCGUGACCGAGGAGCUCAAACAUCGCUUUGUGGCCCUGCAGUUGUAUUCGGCGGAUGGUGUCCAGCUUUGUAUCCAGAUCAUGGAGCGAUUGUGUGCCUACUUCGAGCAGCCUGGUGCACAUGCUCCCGCCUUGAUGACCAUCCAAGGAGUACACUGCUGCCAGAUUAUGUUGCCCACCUUGCAGAUCCUUCGAGAACUUCUCUCAUACGCCAUCCUGUGCAGAGAUGGCACCUACAAGGACCUCACUGCCAUCGAUCACCUGGUAAAGGUGUACUAUUUGCUGUAUUACUACCCCACGCGAUGUCAGGCUGUUGCUGAGGUGGAGCAGUGUAAAAUGGAGGUGGUCCAGACACUUCUUGCCUAUACUCAGCCGAAUGAACAAGAUGAGGAGUCGCUGCACAAGUCGCUUUGGACGCUGAUGAUCAGGGAGGUGCUUAAGAAUGUCGAUGGUCCCGCUCACUUUAUACCGGGUCUCAAACUUCUGGCGGAGCUGCUACCUCUUCCACUGCCCAUGCCCCAACCACUGUGUGACCAACUGCAGCAGCAGCACAAGCAACGUCUGAUCACCGAGCGAAAACUUUGGUCCGCCCAUCUGCAUCCCCAAAGCGGGCAGAUUGCUAAGUUGGUGGAGGCUCUUGCUCCGUCCAGUUUUCCGCAGCUCUCAGAGUUGCUGCAGCGAGUCUGCAUGCAACUAUCGGAUCUGGCACCCAAUAUGACGCUGCUGAUCGCCAAGACUAUAACGGAGCUGUUGUGCAAUGAGUAUCAGACGUCGAACUGCAUUCCGACCACCAAUUUGGAACGUCUGCUCCGUUUUUCCACGCGCUUGUGCGCAUUUGCUCCCUUGAAAAGUUCCAUGUUGUCCAUACUUUCGGGCAAAUUCUGGGAACUGUUCCAGUCGCUACUGGCACUCAACGAAUUCAAUGACGUGGUGUCCAAUUGUCAGGAGGCUGUGCAUCGUAUUCUGGACAGUUUCCUGGACUCUGGAAUUUCAUUAAUUUCGCAUAAGAGUACGGCCUCGCCAGCUCUCAAUCUCGCUGCAGCUCUUCCUCCCAAGGAAUUGAUACCGCGUAUAAUUGAUGCCGUGUUUAGCAACUUAACCAGCGUGGAGGUAACACAUGGUAUUUCCAUUCUGGCAGUGCGAAAUCUUGUUAUUCUUACAGAACAUGAUUAUACUUUUUAUCAUCUGGCUCAAUUACUGAAGCAAAAGAUCACAGAAUUUCAGGCGUGGAUGGAGCGCGUUAUCCUGCACAAUGAGACGGUGGAGUACAAUGCCAACAUCGAGUCUCUGAUCCUGCUGCUGCGUUCUUUAACCCAAAUCGAACCACCACCCACCAUGUCAGCCAUGCCACAUCGCACUCUGAAACUGGGCGCCGCUGAACUGGCGCAACUAGUGGAGUUCCAGGACAUUGAACUGGCCAAGCCACCGGUGCUGAGUCGCAUUCUCACCGUCAUGGAGAAGUACAAGGCGGUGGCCAACGAGGCGGCCUUGAGUGAUCUUAAGCAACUGAUUCUGCUGCAGGCCUCCAAGCAGGAAGUUAUCGCCGGAACAAGUACUGAAACGCCCCCUGAGGGUGAGACAGAAGCCAAUCCUUCUGCCAGCAGCACCAGUGGACCUCUGACCGUGGAACCCUUUCUUCCCCAGGCUGAGGGCAUUGUCACUCAGUACGAGGCGCGUCCGAUCUUCACGAGAUUCUGUGCCACCGCCGAAAAUGCUCAGCUUACGGCUCGCUACUGGCUUGAUCCGUUGCCCAUCGAACUGAUCGAGGACAUGAACGAGCCGAUCUACGAGCGUAUUGCUUGUGAUCUUACGGAUUUGGCAAAUGUUUGCCUGAAUCCUGAUCUGAAUGUGGCCGGAGAUAGCAAGCGGGUAAUGAACUUAUCCGGAUCACCGCAAUCGAAUCGCGAAAUGACGCCGACAGCGCCUUGUUUCCGCACACGACGAGUGGAAGUGGAACCAGCCACUGGGCGACCGGAAAAGAAGAUGUUCGUUUCGUCAGUGAGGGGUCGUGGCUUUGCUCGACCACCACCAUCCAGAGGUGAUCUAUUCCGGUCACGCCCACCCAACACUUCAAGACCGCCAUCUCUACACGUUGACGACUUCCUGGCCUUGGAAACCUGUGGCGCCCAGCCCACAGGACCCACUGGCUACAACAAGAUACCAUCCAUGCUGCGAGGCUCCAGGGUGGGACGCAAUCGAGGUUCCCGUAUUUCGGCAGCUGCUGCCUUUAGACAAAAGAAGCUAAUGCGCAUUGGUUCGCCGUCCAGCUGGGCAGAGUCUUCCGGAGCGUAUCGUUCAGGAUCAGAUUCACAUUUCAAUAGCAGCGAUUCCCACUAUUCAUCGCCGCACUACAGCGGAAGACCGCGUGGUCGUGGCCUGCGCUCUAGACCAUCCUACUUGAGAUAGGAGGAAAUUUCAGCUCAACAGCCUGGUUCCCAAUUCCACUACCAAUAGAACCAUUUUCAGAUUGAAAUUGGGUGUUGGAAUAUAAAACCAGUUCGUUUUUAUUUAGCAGUUAAAUUCCAUUACAUAAUAACAUGUGCAGAUUUUGUAUUAGUUAACCAUGUUUUCACCAAGUUGUAUAUAAGCUUAAAGUUAAUUUUCUGUAAUAACACUGUGCAAACGGA